CCUCGCCUCUCAAGUUCUCAAAAUUCUAGCACUUCGACAACGGACACUUUCUCACCGGAACUUCGCUGCAUAUAUAGUCUGCACUCACCCUCCGUCACAAACCUCCAUACACCCCCACUUCCAGACCGAAAAAAUGGCCUCCCUACCAACCGGCGAUCUCAACCUGGACGAGAAGAGCAAAGCCGAACUCAUGACAUUCGUCGAGAACGAGCAGCGCCGGGCAAACUUCCAAGCAACAGUACACCAAUACACGGACACAUGCUGGGACAAAUGCAUCACGAAAGUAAAAGCCGCCACGGAUAAGUCUGACGAAGUAUGCUUAACCAACUGCGUCGACCGAUUCUUAGAUAGCACCAUCUUGCUCCUCAACUCGCUGGGAGCCCAGCAGCAGCGUUGAUAGAGGUUGGUGGUCUAGAAGAUAGAUGCUGGUGUCAAUGACACGGGGGCGUAUUACUGGGGAAGUCGCGAUAUGGAUCUCACGCGACUUUGCGAUGAGAUGUCGGCCACGAGUCACGACAAGGGUCUUCGACAGUGAAAGGCUCGUACACGCCUAGGUCGGCACUUAUUCACGAGGGGGAAUGUUUAAAUACAUGCACAAUACAUACAAAUGAACA